UUUAAGCCUAAGCAGUAACUGAUAGCCAGCAAGUCACACCCAAGUUUUGUACAGAUGAGUAUAUACAAUUCACUGUUCCUGCCAAAUACCCACAUUUUGCUGAACUAAACAUCUUGGUGUAAAAAAAAACAAAAAAGGAUGGAGGGCACGUUUUACAAUUAAAAACAAGGAAAGAAGACCGCUCCCAAACAAUAAAAAUGUAUCUUGAAAACAAGAACGAUCCACUAAGAAAAUGUGAAGUUGAGAGAACACCAUCGUCUGUAUCAAACUGUACUGGCCUUAAUGGAUGUCUAGGAACAGAUGCUGUAGCCAGUGACUUCAACGAGCUGAUAAUUCUAGACAGCUUUCACAGAGUGGCCGAUGCACAAGCUGGAAGGAGGAAAUCUUUGCAAAAUGGAACAGCUGGACCGGAGUGUUGUCUUCCGGUUGGGGAAGACUUUAGCGCAAACACUAUGGAGAGACGAUAUCCAUUCAGUUUGUCAAAGCUGUUCAGCCCAACAAAAGACUGCAGUUAUACAGAGAAGACUCCCCUGCUGAGUUUUUCUUCUGAAAACAAACAGUUGCUAUGCAAAGCUGAGAACAGACCAGAAUUUAUAUUUGGCGUGGAGUCAUUGGAGAACAGCACAUCUGAAUUUGAGCAAAGGUGCCGUCUUGGAAGUGAAGUUGGCAGCCUUUCAAGAUCGGUAUCUACUGAGAAGUAUGAACUUUUAGACAACCUUCAAGAAAAACUAAACUUCUCCAAAUUAAGGUGCUUCCUAAAGAAUCUAAAGAUUGCAGGACUCUUCAUUAUUGUAGUGACCUGUUCUGUUUUAUUUAGCACAUCUUCUGAUAAAAGCAGCCCUUGGCAGAUGUUGGCCCUAUCGUCUAUGGAAAGCUUUUCUGGGAAUCUCACAGAUUUUCGAAAUGCUGCCCUUUUAAAGCUUCAGCUUGAUGGACCAUUUGCAGGUGAUCUGCUUGAUCCAAGAAAUGAUGAAUAUAUUCUUGUACAGAUAACACAAAAUGAGGACCCUGUUUCAAGGAGGAGACGAUCUUCACAGGUUACCUACAACUGGACAUUGCCUUUGAGCUCAAGGAGAAAGGAACAUAUUAUAAAAGAAAAAACAUUUGAAAUACUGGACAGUGAUACCAUUUCAAUCAAUAUUCAAGCAUUCCUACAGGGGACCCAACUUGUCCCAUUGUCUUUAUCUCAUCAGUACCUCAGUGCAAGCAUAGAGACUCAAGUAACAAUUGCAGCUGUCAUUUUAGCAGGUGUUUACGUGCUAAUCAUAUUUGAGAUUGUUCAUAGAACUCUGGCAGCAAUGUUGGGUUCCCUGGCGGCACUGGCAGCAUUGGCAUUAGUAGGAGAUCGACCAAGCUUGGCGAAAGUGGUGGAGUGGAUUGAUUAUGAAACACUGGCCCUUUUGUUUGGCAUGAUGAUUUUGGUGGCAGUGUUUUCUGAUACUGGAUUUUUUGAUUACUGUGCUGUAAAAGCUUACCAGCUUUCCAGAGGAAGGAUCUGGCCCAUGAUAAUUAUUCUCUGUCUUAUUGCGGCCAUUCUCUCUGCAUUCUUGGACAAUGUUACCACUAUGUUGCUUUUUACUCCAGUCACAAUAAGGUUAUGUGAAGUACUCAACCUUGAUCCGAGACACGUCCUUAUUGCUGAAGUGAUUUUCACAAACAUCGGAGGUGCGGCUACUGCUGUUGGUGAUCCCCCCAAUGUGAUAAUUGUUUCCAAUCAAGAGCUGAGAAAAGUGGGAUUGGACUUUGCAGGAUUUACUGGACAUAUGUUCUUAGGAAUUUGCCUGGUUCUCCUAGUAUCUUUUCCUUUUCUCAGGAUUUUAUAUUGGAACAAGAAACUUUAUAAUAAGGAACCCAGUGAAAUUGUUGAGCUGAAACAUGAAAUUCACGUUUGGAGACUGACCGCACAAAGGAUUAAUCCAGCUAGCCGUGAAGAGACUGCAGUCAAAUGUCUUCUAAUGCAAAAGGUUUUGACACUGGAAAGCCUGUUGAGAAAAAAACUUCAAACUUUUCAGAGACAAAUAUCACAGGAGGAUAAAAAUUGGGAAACUAAUAUUCAGGAGCUGCAAAAAAGGCAUGGAAUAUCAGACAAGAUUCUUCUUAUCAAAUGUUUGACUGUCUUGGGAUUUGUCAUCUUUAUGUUCUUUCUCAAUUCAUUUGUUCCUGAAAUUCAUCUGGACCUGGGCUGGAUUGCAAUUUUGGGGUCACUCUGGUUACUUGUUCUAGCAGAUGUUCAUGAUUUUGAGAUCAUCCUACAUCGGGUUGAAUGGGCCACCUUGCUGUUUUUUGCAGCAUUGUUUGUAUUAAUGGAGGCAUUGGCCCAUCUACACUUAAUAGAAUACAUAGGUGAACAGACUUCAUUACUUAUAAAGGCAGUUCCAGAAGAUGAACGUCUUGCAGUUGCUAUUAUAUUAGUAGUAUGGGUUUCCGCUUUAGCAUCGUCUCUAAUUGACAACAUCCCAUUCACAGCUACAAUGAUUCCAGUUCUUAUAAAUCUGAGCCAAGAUGCUGAUGUGAAUUUACCAGUGAAGCCACUUAUUUUUGCAUUAGCUAUUGGAGCUUGUUUAGGAGGAAAUGGAACAUUAAUUGGAGCCUCAGCCAAUGUUGUAUGUGCCGGAAUAGCAGAACAACAUGGAUAUGGAUUUUCCUUCAUGGAAUUUUUUAGGCUUGGUUUCCCAAUGAUGAUCGUCUCUACAGCUAUUGGAAUGAGUUAUCUUCUUGUUGCUCAUGUCGUACUGGGGUGGAAUGCCUAACUCACUGCUCAGAAAUACAGUAUACUGUAUGUUUUGGAUUAAACAUGUUUUGGAAUAUAAGCACUUUUGUACAAGUCUAAAUAUUGACAAGCGGGG